CCACAGAGUUUUCGAAAUGCUACCGCCAUCCAUAGUGAACCUGCACUAGAAGCGUUGUACAAAGUGGUACUGGCCCUGCUCGAGGAGAACCAGCAUAGUGCCAGUACCGAAAGCGUGCAAGAGAUUAGUUCAGAUUUGAAUAGCACCGGAUGGUCGGGAAGACAUCGCUCCCACUGCCCCACCUAUCCGGCUGCUCGCGGAAUCUACACCAUUCAGGUGUUGGGACUGGAACCCUUUCAGGUGUCCUGCGAUGCCGAGAUUGCCGGAUCUGGAUGGACUGUGAUUGCCCGGCGCACCAGCAACAAGUUGAAUUUCGUCCGCAGCUGGAAGGAGUACAAAAAGGGCUUCGGGCAGCUGAAUGGAGACUUUUUCAUUGGCUUGGACAAACUGCACGUCAUUACUAAGUCACAGCCCCAUGAGUUAUACAUACACCUUGAGGACUUUGAAGGACAGACACGAUAUGCGCACUACGACGAAUUCUUUGUCGAAAGCGAAAACAAGUUCUAUGCAUUGACCAAGCUGGGCGGGUUUACCGGCGACGCAGGGGAUUCCAUGAUGCACAACAGGAACCAGAACUUUUCCACUUUCGAUAGGGACAAUGAUGGGUGGCACAAAAACUGUGCCGAGGAGUAUAUGGGUGCUUGGUGGCAUGUGAACUGCACUCUAAGUAAUCUGUUCGGCGUUUAUGUGAAAGGACAUGACGGCCAGUACUUUCAGUGGAAGGGGAUCGUCUGGCAAUCUUGGCGCUCUGAGAGUUAUUCCUACAAAGUGAUGCAAAUGAUGGUUCGACCCAAAUGCUAUUGCUCCAGAUAG